GUCAGCCUGGGUCCCCUCUCCCACCAGCCUCUGGGAGCACCAUGACUCCUGCCCUCUCAGUCCUGCUGUGCCUUGGGCUGUGUCUGUGCAAGAGGACAAGGACUCAGGCAGCAGAUGGACUCCCCAAACCCUCCCUCAGGGCAGAAAAUAGUUCUUUGGUGCCCCAAGGGGGAGCUGUGACCCUCAGGUGCAGGGGAUCAUGGGAGGCUGAAGAGUGGCAGCUGGAGAAAAAAGGAGGAUCUGGAUGGUCACUGAUCAAAUCUGUGAGAGGAGCUGGGAAUGAGGGCGAGUUUUCCCUCCCAUCCGUGACACCAUAUGAUGCAGGGACUUACCGGUGCUUCUACAGAAAUUCAUUCUACUUGUGGUCAGAGGCCAGUGACCCCCUGGAGCUGGUGGUGACAGGCACCUCAAAGGAUCCUCACCUCUCCCAAAGCUCUGAGACUUCCCCAGCUCUGACAUCCGCUCCACCCAGUCCCUCCAUCCUCCAGGUGAGCAUCCUGGUGGGCGUCUCAGUCUUCCUCAUUCUGACCUUCCUCUUCUUCUCCCUCCUUUACCUUCAUUGCAGUAAGUAUCAGCCCAAACUGGGGAAAGGGGACAGAGAAACAAACAUCAAGACCACCAGGAGCUCAGAACAAGCAGGGAGCACCCUGGAGGAGACCGUGUAUACUGCUGUGAAUGAUGACAGACAGACAGAGGCCAGACAAAAGGACCCAGCUGUGAGUCAUUCGGAUCUUUCCUCCUUUGCCUGGCACUCACCUUAUGGAGGGAACAGAGAAGGAAACCUUCCCCCAGGUCACACACAGCUGGGAGGGCUGCUGGAUUCAGGGUCCUUGCCUCCUGAACCUUCCUGCCCUAAUGCCCCCUCAAUCCCCUCAUCUCCUCCUGCUUCCUCUCCUCCUGUCAGGCUCUCCAAAGAGAAGACCCUCAGGAAGUGA